AUGGCGUCGAAGCGGAUCCUCAAGGACCUGCAAAAGGAUUCGCCCACCUCAUGCACCGCAGGUUCCUGCAUCAGGGUUGCACAGGGCAGUUACAUCGUCCUGCCAGUUGCAUUCAAGACAAAGGUUUUCCAUCCGAAUAUCAACAGCAAUGGGAGCAUCUGUCUUGAUAUCUUGAAGGAACAAUGGAGCCCUGCUUUGACAGUUUCUAAGAUGUCGUCGGACGAUGAGGUCAGGGAGGAGAAGGAGCUCGACCUCUCCUCCAACGACGUCGUCACUAAGUACAAGGCUGCCGCCGAAAUCCUCAACAAUGCUCUGAAGCUGGUUGUGUCUGAGUGCAAGCCAAAAGCGAAGAUUGUUGACCUUUGUGAGAAGGGCGAUUCUUUCAUAAGAGAGCAAACUGGGAAUGUCUACAAGAAUGCAAAGAGGAAGAUUGAAAGGGGCAUUGCUUUCCCAACCUGUGUAUCCGUGAAUAACACUGUCUGCCACUUCUCACCACUUGCCACAGAUGAUGCAGUUCUUGAAGAAAAUGAUAUGGUUAAAAUUGAUAUGGGCUGUCAUAUUGAUGGCUUUAUUGCUGUGGUGGCACAUACACAUGUAAUUGCAAAUGGGCCUGUCACAGGAAGAGCAGCUGAUGUUCUUGCUGCUGCCGACACAGCAGCAGAAGUUGCUAUGCGACUUGUAAGACCUGGGAAGAAGAAUAAGGAUGUUACUGAAGCAAUUCAGAAAGUUGCUGCUGCUUAUGAUUGCAAAAUUGUGGAAGGUGUUCUUAGCCAUCAACUGAAACAAUUUGUGAUUGAUGGUAACAAAGUUGUUCUCAGUGUCUCCAAUGCUGAUACAAAGGUUGAUGAUGCUGACUUUGAAGAAAAUGAAGUCUAUGCCAUCGAUAUUGUCACCAGCACUGGGGAGGGGAAGCCCAAGCUAUUGGAUGAGAAGCAGACCACCAUCUACAAAAGGGCUGUAGACAAGAAUUAUCACUUGAAGAUGAAAGCGUCAAGGUUUAUUUUCAGUGAGAUCAGCCAGAAGUUCCCAAUCAUGCCUUUUACUGCUAGGGCAUUAGAAGAGAAGCGUGCACGCUUAGGCUUGGUGGAAUGCAUGAACCAUGAGCUAUUGCAGCCGUACCCUGUACUUCAUGAGAAGCCAGGUGAUCUUGUUGCACACAUAAAGUUCACUGUGCUGCUGAUGCCCAAUGGAUCAGAUAAGAUUACGUCACAUCCACUACAGGAGUUACAGCCCACAAAAUCCAUUGAAGACAAUGCUGAGAUAAAGGCAUGGCUUGCUUUGGGGACAAAAUCAAAGAAGAAGGGUGGUGGAAAGAAGAAGAAAGGCAAGAAAGGAGAUGCAGCAGAAGCAGAUCCCAUGGAGGCGACAAACGGUGCAAGCCAAGAAUAA